AGUGUGCAAGCCGGGAUUUUACCGAUCAGCUCUUCAGACCAAAAGCUGCAGUAAAUGUCCUCCCAGAAGUUUCACCAAAGUGGAGGCCUCCACCUCCUGUCAGUGUGAGCAGGGAUACUACCGGACCGAAUCAGACCCUGCCAACAUGGCCUGCACAAAGGCACCUUCAGCCCCACGUAGCGCUAUUUCCAACGUGAAUGAGACCAGCGUCUUCUUGGAGUGGAGCGCCCCGGAGGAGACAGGCGGUCGGAAAGAUGUUCGAUACAACAUUGUGUGCAGUAAGAUCAGCACAGAUGCAGGCCAGUACGAACCGUGUGGAAGUCAUGUGCGAUAUCUGCCUCAGCGGACGGCUCUGAAAAACACCUCCGUCAUGGUCAUGGAUCUCCUGGCUCACACCAACUACAGCUUUGAGGUGGAGGCUGUGAACGGGGUGUCGGAACUAACCGCCCCUUUACGCCAGUACGUCUCGCUCAAUGUCACCACCAACCAGGCCGCUCCGUCUCCUGUAACCAUGGUGAAGAAAGGCAAGACGGCAAAGAAUAGCAUCUCGGUGUCCUGGCAGGGACCCGACCGACCCAACGGCAUCAUCCUGGAGUAUGAGAUCAAGUAUUUUGAGAAGGAUCAGGAAACAAGCUACACCAUCAUAAAGUCAAAGGAGACGGAUGUUUUGGUGGAUGGCCUUAAACCUUCCUCAGCGUACAUCUUUCAAAUUAGAGCACGCACCUCUGCAGGCUACGGAGGGUUCAGUCGCCGCUUUGAGUUUGAAACAAGCCCUUACUUAGCGGCCUCCAGUGAUCAGGGUCAGGUGCCCAUCAUCGCUGUCGCGGUCACUGUGGCCAUCAUCCUCGUCGCCUUGGUCACAGGUUUCCUGAUGAGUGGCAGGUAA